CCUCGCUCGCCGUCGUAGUGUUUUUCGACCUGCUGUUAAAUCGCGAGUUUUCUGAUUGAAUUUGGUCGAUUCCGGUCGCGAGUGGUGUGUGAAUCGUGAAAUUGCGUACGCAAUCACCGAGAGCAUCCAAAAGUGCAUUGAAAAUUGGUGGAUUUAAACCGUAAAAAGUGAAUUUAAAAUCCAGUGAUCCCCGCAGUGAGAGAAAGGAGGAAGAAAAAAGGUUCACAGCUUUCGCAUUAUAGCAGACGGGGCGGUGUACGAAUGUGUGCGUAUGUGUGAGCAAAUUUGCUGCGAAUGUUUGUAUUGGUCAUUGCCGAUCGCAGACAUCGAAAGACACGAGAGCAGCGAGUAGUGGUAGUGGUGGAGUAAAUAACUACAUCUUCAUACGCUGGACUGGUUGGUGCUGCUGCUGUUGGAAGUGAACACAAAAAAUUCACCUUCUACUCAACUCGUCCUUUGCGCCAAGGACCUAUUAAUCUUAUACAAUGGUAUCGCGAAGAAAAUCCCAACGUGGUUCGGAAAGCAUCGUACUUCAACAUAUAUAAAUCUUGAGGGACUUAACUUCGCUUGUCCUCCGACGCUCUCUGCCGGCCUCUGGCAUCCUUUCUGUCUUCAUCUUGCUCUGAAACAGUUUUCUCCGCCGGCAGUUGUGGGUCGAUAGCAGGAGAAGAAAAAGAAAACAAAUAUCACGUGCUAAGGAUCCUUCAUUCCAUAUAGUGGACAACAGCUGAGACGUCAAGAGAAUACCGCGAUAAGGCGCGUAUUAUCGUAUACAUAUAGAGACACACGAACGGGAACCAGAAUUGUGGCAUAACUCCCAAAAUAGAAGCCGUUUAGUCAUUAGUUUGUAAGCGAUUUAGCACACUAAUUGGUAUCCGGAUCUGGAGGUAUUGCUUACGAUACCAAGCGUAGGUGCUGUAAUAUUUGUAAUCUCCGAUGGCAGGAACCAUUAAGCAAGAGGAUGUGUGCUACGUCGUAGCUAAGUAUGAUUAUGCCGCACAGGGUGCUCAAGAGCUAGAUCUAAGGAAAAACGAACGUUAUUUGCUGUUGGACGACAGUAAGCACUGGUGGCGCGUCCAAAACUCCCACAAUCAGUCCGGUUAUGUGCCGAGCAAUUAUGUUAAGAAGGAAAAGAAAUCGGUUUCUCUCUUCGAUAGCUUCAAAAAGAAGGUGAAAAAGGGCUCUUCUGGCAGCAAAACACUACCGAACUGUUCUCCCUCGCGACAAGUCGACAGUCCCACGAUGAGCAGGAGGUUACCUCCUGAUCCAUCGGAGGCGAUUGCCUCCACUCCUAUAGGAACUGCCAUAGUAAAAUAUAACUACCAAGCACAGCAGCAGGACGAGCUGUCGCUUAUCAAGGGAACGCGAAUAUUGAUCCUCGAAAAGUCCAACGAUGGCUGGUGGCGUGGCCAGAGUGGUUCCGCUACCGGUUGGUUCCCUAGUAACUAUACGACAGAGGAAACCGAAGACGACACCGUACACACGUACGCUAUGGCGGAAAAUGUGCUAGAUAUUGUAGUAGCGUUAUACUCAUUCAACUCAAACAAUGACACGGAAUUGUCGUUCGAGAAGGGAGACCGUUUGGAAAUUCUUGAACGACCUGCAGCUGACCCCGAAUGGUACAAAGCCCGCAACAACAACGGUCAGAUCGGGUUGGUGCCCCGAAACUAUCUCCAGGAACUGUCCGAGUAUUUGGCGCAACCGUAUCGCGGCAACAAUGGCAGCGGACCAGAUUCGCUGGAUCGACGACCGAACGAUCAGCAGUCGAACAACAACAAUUCCAAUUCCGCCAAUAGUAAUAAUAACAAUUCACAACAACUGGACCGACCACCGCUGACGGGCAAAAGCUGGUACUACGGUGCUAUCACUCGAAGUCAAUGUGAUACAGUACUGAACACCCAUGGCCAUGAUGGCGAUUACCUGAUUCGGGAUAGUGAAACGAAUCUCGGUGACUACUCAGUAUCACUGAAAGCGCCCGGACGCAACAAGCACUUCCGCGUGCACGUGGAAGGCAACAUGUACUGCAUCGGACAGCGGAAAUUCCACACACUAGAUCAACUAGUGGACCACUACCAAAGAGCACCUAUCUACACCAACAAGCAAGGCGAAAAGCUGUACUUGGUGCGACCACUGCCGAAGGCAAACGGUACCUAAGAAUCCUAUACGGCAAAACAAUCGUCGUCGCGUUUGUUGGUAGCCAGGUAAGAGUGCGUUUUUUAUUAUAGUUUAUGUGAGAUAAAAGGCAAAACCCAUACGCAUAUAAAUUUAAGUUAAAAAGAGACGUAAAUCAAGACAGAAAGUAAAUGAACAUCCUUUGAAAUGAUAUUUCAUAAAAUCUUGUAUUGAUAAUUAAUAUUAAUUAUUUAUUUAUCAAAAUCUUAGACGAGAAAUACGACAAAUUCUAACAAAUCAAAGAAAAAAAGAUCACGAAUAGAGCAAACUGACUAGUGUAAUGAAGACAAAGUAAUAUACUCGAGAAGCAUAAUCAGAAUCUUGUGACGAGACAGAAUCGAAUGGAUGUGUGUAUUCUAGCAAACGGUAUGAAACCACUAACCUUGGUAUAUGCAUUUACAAACCAAGCGAUCCCAAUUAUUCCCCAACUGAAAGUAUGUUAUGGGCAGAGAAGGCAAAUCCAGUCACAAAUUCUUUAUCGAAACUAUAAGAAGAACAGAAGCAACAAAACAACAACUGAAAUCAUCAUAAUUACAUCUGUAACAAUUUCAAACAAACAUUACGGUGCAGCUUCCAGAUAUUAAUAUUACAUAAUAGUACAUGAAUGGAUAUAUUAUAAA